UUUUUAUUAAGAGUGAUUUAUUAUUUAGGCGUUUGUCUUCUUUUUUUUUUUUAAUUUUAUUUUUUAUUUUUUCCAUAUUACCAUAAAUCAUUAUAUCCUUUCCUCUUUUGAUUGUCACUGUUAUCCAUCAAUCUGUGGCAUCCUUUUUUAUUUAUUUAUUAUUUUAUUCAAUUUUUAUAAAUCAUCAACGGAACUAUUAAACUAUGGGGUGCUGUCAAUCCAAUGAAUCUCAAGAAGGCAAAGCUCGAAAUGAAGAAAUCGAAAAUCAAAUUAAACGUGAUAAAAUCAACAUGCGAAAUGAAGUCAAGUUAUUAUUACUCGGUGCUGGUGAAUCAGGUAAAUCAACUAUCUUGAAGCAAAUGAAAUUGAUUCAUGAUGGUGGAUAUUCUCGUGAUGAAAGAGAAGCAUUCAAGGAAAUCAUCUUUUCAAAUACUAUACAAUCUAUGCGGGUCAUUUUGGAAGCAAUGCAACAUAUGGAUGUCAGUCUAGAAGAUGAUCAUCGACAUUAUGCCACUAUCAUCAUGGAACAACCUCCUCAAAUUGAACGUGAUUUCUUGCCACCUGAAGUUACUCAAGCCGUUAAAAUCUUAUGGAAGGAUCCUCAUUUAUUAAGUGUAUUUGAAAGAAGUCGGGAAUAUCAAUUGAAUGAUUCCGCUAAAUAUUAUUUUGAUUCUAUUGAUCGUAUUGGUGAUGUCAAUUAUAUUCCUACUGAUCAAGAUGUAUUACGUUCUCGUGUCAAGACUACUGGUAUUACUGAAACUACAUUUGUUAUUGGUGAUUUAACUUAUCGAAUGUUUGACGUUGGUGGACAACGAUCUGAACGCAAGAAAUGGAUUCAUUGUUUUGAAAAUGUCACAGCCAUUAUUUUCUUGGUAGCUAUAUCUGAAUAUGAUCAAGUUUUAAUUGAAGAUGAAACUGUGAAUCGUAUGCAAGAAGCUUUGACUUUAUUUGACUCUAUUUGCAAUUCUCGUUGGUUUGUGAAAACAUCAGUGAUCCUGUUUUUGAACAAGAUUGAUAUUUUCAAGGAAAAAUUACCCAAACAUCCACUCAAAGAAAGUUUCCCUGAUUUCUCUGGUCCAAACACGUAUGAUGCAGCUGCUGAUUAUAUCUUGAAUCGAUUUGUGUCCUUGAAUCAAUCUGACUCUAAACAAAUCUAUACCCAUUUUACUUGUGCUACUGAUACGGAACAGAUCAAAUUUGUUAUGGCUGCCGUCAAUGAUAUCAUUAUUCAAAAUAGUUUACGUGAUGUUGGUUUAUUGUAGACUUGCUCUUCUCUUUUUUUUUUUUAUUUUUAUUAUUCACUUUAUUAUCUUCACCUUUAGUAUAAUACCAAUGUUUCUUUCUUCUCUUCUCCUUAGUUUAUCAUUCCAUUCUUCUUCUCUCUUGGUCAACAGGAGUACAACAACAACAACGACAACAAAAAAAAAUAUCAUUAUGUGUAUAUCUUCUUUCUUUUAUAUCAGUCCCUUUUUCUUUUAUUUUUAUUUCUUUUGAUGAUUCUUAUAUUGUAUUAGAGAAAUAAAAAUUGGAUUCAAUC